CCCUAACCUUUGAGAAGAAACCAAAGCUGCCUCAGUUUUUGUUAUUAGGUUUUUAUUUAUUUGCUUCAUCCAACACACACACACACAACACGAACAUGCUCACUCAUCAUUAACCAUAUCUCAACAAGGACAAUCCAUACCCUUAUAGAUUGUCACCCUCACCCACCUAAGAGAUAGACAUAUACGGUAUUUGAAAUGGCAACAGCUGAGGCAGCUUCUGCUGGGCUUGGUCCCAGAUAUGCACCGGAGGAUCCUACACUUCCAAAACCAUGGAAGGGGUUGAUUGAUGGGAGCACUGGUUUGUUAUACUAUUGGAAUCCUGAAACCAAUGUUACCCAAUAUGAAAAACCAGCUCCCUCUGGUACCGCACCUGUGCCGGCUCCUACGCCGAGCUUGGCGCCCAUACCGGUGGCUCAUACAAUGCAACCUGGUGGGGUGGUGCAACAGCAUGGGCAGCAGUUGCUACAAGUGCAACCUUCACAACAGCAGAUGAGUCACCUUGCUCAACAGCACGGGCAAUCGAUGCCGCAACAGCAGCAGCAGCAGCAGCCGCCCUCUCAGGUUGCUCAAUCUGCUCAGCAGCAGAACUUGCAGCCAACGCAGUCAAUGCCGCAGCCUGGGUUAUAUCAAGCAAGGCAGCAAAUGAUGCAGCCCCAAGGACAGCAAAUGAUGCAGACCCAAGGACAGCAAAUGCAUCUUCAGAUGCAGCCCCAGGUGAACCUUUCCCAACAUUUUGGGCAAGGAGCUUCUCAGGAUCAUGGCUCACAUAAUGUACAACCACAAUUACAUCAAUUCACUCCCCAGAACUUGCAUUAUAUGUCGUAUAAUCAAAACAUGGUUCCAUCCAGGCAACCAAACUCCCAGCAGAUUCAGCCAAACAUGCUCUCAUCUGGGCAGCAGAUUCAGCAUAACAUACACGGUCAGCCUUUUGAAAAUCAACAAGAUUUCAAAACAGCAUUUCCAAAGAUAGAGGAAGCGGAGUUUAAAAAUGGAAGCCAAGUUGGACUUUCACCAUCCCAGUAUCAACAAAGGAGUGCCUUGCCUGUUCAAAACAACCAGAACAUUCCUUCGGAAGUCAGUUCUGGUCAAGUGCCUAAUGUAGGUGUCAAUGCUGGCCAACAGCAACAAUUCAGGGGCUUAUCGGGCAGUAUGCAACAGUCUCCCUCUGCAAUGCAGUCGCAACAGGGUGGUUCUGAUUUAUUUUACCAACAUGGUCCUAACUUUCAAAACCAAAUGAACCCAGGAAUGAUGCAUGGUCAUCCAUCCAAUGUAUAUCCUAUUGGCCAAAAGAUGGGACAUGAGGAUAAUUUACGCGGUAGAGCUGGGAAUGAAUAUUACUAUAAUUCUAACAAAGAGAUGCCGACAAUGGGUUCUCAGCAGCCGGAUAUGACCCAAAUACCCAUUCCGAGAAAUCAGCAGGAUAUGAGGAUAGGCAAUGUCCCUUUUCAAAAUGUGAUGCCUAGUGGAAAUGGAAGUGGUAUUACUGGAAAUGCUGUGCAUAACAUGUUCACUCCUCCAAUAGGAGGACCUUCAGCUCUCCCAAGUAACACUUUGAUGAGGCCUCCUUAUAUUGGAUCUUCGGAUGUUACUGAUCUCUCACCAGCUGAAAUUUACUGUCAGCAACAUGAAGUUACAGCAACGGGUGACAACAUUCCACCCCCUUUGAUGACAUUUGAUGCAACUGGAUUCCCUCCAGAGAUAUUGAGGGAGAUAUAUUCUGCUGGCUUCUCAAAUCCAACACCAAUACAGGCUCAAACAUGGCCUGUUGCAAUGCAGGGUAGAGACAUAGUGGCAAUUGCCAAAACAGGCUCUGGGAAAACAUUAGGCUACUUAAUCCCUGCCUUCAUUCUUCUUAGACAGCGACAUAAUAAUCCUCUGAAUGGCCCCACUGUCUUGGUUUUGGCUCCAACACGUGAACUCGCAACACAAAUCCAAGAUGAGGUCAUGAAGUUUGGCCGAUCUUCACGUGUCUCUUGCACGUGCUUGUAUGGUGGAGCACCUAAAGCCCUUCAGCUUAAAGAGUUAGAUCGGGGAGCGGACAUUGUUGUAGCCACACCUGGUCGGCUCAAUGAUAUACUCGAAAUGAAGAAAAUUAACUUUGGGCAAGUUUCACUCCUUGUGCUUGAUGAGGCUGACCGAAUGCUUGAUAUGGGUUUUGAGCCUCAAAUCCGUAAAAUUGUGAAUGAGAUUCCACCACGCAGACAAACUCUCAUGUACACAGCAACCUGGCCAAAAGAAGUAAGAAAAAUUGCCAGCGAUCUUCUUGUUAAUCCUGUCCAGGUUAACAUUGGAAGCGUAGAUGAGCUUUCUGCAAAUAAAUCUAUCACACAGUAUGUUGAAGUUGUCCCACAACUGGAGAAACAGAGGCGCUUGGAGCAGAUCCUCAGAUCCCAGGAACGUGGUUCUAAGGCCAUAAUAUUUUGUUCCACAAAGAGGUUAUGUGAUCAGCUUGCCCGUAGUAUUGGCCGCAAUUUUGGGGCUGCUGCAAUUCAUGGAGACAAGUCUCAAGGUGAAAGAGACUGGGUUUUAGGUCAGUUCCGGACCGGGAAGUCACCAAUUCUGGUUGCCACUGAUGUUGCUGCUCGUGGACUUGACAUUAAGGAUAUAAGGGUGGUGAUCAACUAUGAUUUUCCCACUGGAAUUGAGGACUAUGUACACCGUAUAGGAAGAACUGGAAGGGCAGGUGCCACUGGAGUGUCAUAUACUUUUUUCUCUGAGCAGGACUGGAAACAUGCGGGUGAUUUGAUCAAAGUUUUGGAGGGUGCUAACCAGCAUGUGCUUCCAGAGUUAAGACAGAUAGCUUUGCGUGGGGCACCAAACUUUGGAAAGGAUCGGGCCGGUGGGAUGAGUCGGUUUGACUCUUCUGGUGGUGGUGGUGGUGUUGGUGGCCGUGGUGGCAUGAGGGAUGGUGGGGGCUUUGGUGGCCGUGGUGGCAUGAGGGAUGGAGGCUUUGGUGGUCGUGGUGGCAUGAGGGAUGGAGGCGGCUUUGGUGGUCGUGGUGGUGGCAUGAGGGAUGGUGGUGGCUUUGGUGGCCGUGGUGGUGGCAUGAGGGAUGGUGGCUUUGGUGGGCAAGGUGGGAGAGGUGAUUUCUUUCCUGGUAGAGGCAACAGGGGUCGAGGAUUUGGUGGCCCUCGUGGGGGUCAUGUUGGUUGGGGUAGGGGUGAUCGUUACAACAUUGAUGGUCGUGGACGUGGACGUUUUGACAAUAGAAGAGAUGUUGCUCACAGAAAUAGAGGCAGCCCUGAGAGAGUUCGAACAUGGGAUUAUAGCAGAAGUAGAAGCCGGAGCCGUAGCCGCAGCAGAAGUAGGAGCUGGAGCAGGGAUCGCAGCAGAAGCCGAAGCCGUAGUUGGUCACGUGGCCGUAGUCGCAGCUAUAGCCGCAGUAUUAGUCCGCGUCGGAGCCGCAGCCGCAGUCGUAGCCGUGGUCGCAGUGGUCGGAGUUACAGUCGGAGCCAGAGCCGCAGUCGGAGCAACAGCUAUGAUAGGCGUGAUAGGUCAGAUGAACAGAAGGAUCUUAAGGCACCGGAAGUAGGAGCUUCUGAUCCAAGAAUGUUUCCUAAAUCUCCCAGCGCCCAGGAGAAUUCACUUUUGGGAAGUGAACCUGUGGAGCAGCUACCGGUUGGUGGGAGUACUGAACCAGAUAAGCCAGAGGCUGUAGUAGACCUUAGUCAUCAAGCAGCUUCUGAUAUUUGAAGCUGCCACUCUUAACAUUUUGUUCUUCUUUGUGGUGGCUAUGUUAACCUCUCACUUUUUCUUUUUUUUUUUAAGAUUGGCAUUGUUGAGUGAGAGUUGUUGUUGUUUUGAUGGGUGACAGAGGGUUAGUCAAUUUGUGAUGGCUCAUUAAGCUUAGGGGAACAUGCAAAUGUUUGGUUUACUGAAUUGGAAGGCGUUAUUUUUGAUUUAAUUGUAUUAGUUGUGGAAUUGGGAUAAAUAAUUAUAGCGGAUUCCAUUACCAAUUAUUGUAAUAGGCUAAAGCUUAAGUCACCUGA